AUGGAAGUAGAAAGAAGUGCCUCUUAUAAGGAUUUUAGGAAGUUUGUUGCAUCUGUCUUGAAAGAAGUGAACUCUGAUGUUUUUCCAUAUGUUCAAACAUCUUUGACAAAAGAUCCAAGCCCUAACAAUGACUCAAGUGAAAAAGCAGAGGAAAAUUUUCCUAAUCAUGCUGCUCAUAAGGGAAGAAGUAAAAAUAAAGUUGAGCUUGUUGUCAAUGUUGAAGAACUUACUUCUGAUGAAGAACCCCUUACAAACAUUGUUACUCCUAGUAUUGCCAAGAUAUUACAUAGACAUAAAGGAAAGACUAUUUCUUUUGAAGAUUCUCCCUCUAGGGAAGUAAAGAGAAAAGCUGGUGGGUUGAAAGGUACUCCUUCUAGAAGCUUCAUAGGAAAAUCUCUUGAUGUCCAUGACAUCACCCCUAUAAAAAUAUCUGCUAACAAGAAAUCUCAUGAUACUAGGUCCAAAGCUCCACUGGACAAUGCUUCUUUACAUUUUGUGAAGAAUUCAGAAAGGUGGAAGUAUGUCAUUCAGAGAAGGGUGGCUCUAGAAAGGGAAUUGGGGAAGGAUGCCCUUAAGUGUAAUGAGGUCAUGGAACUGAUAGAAUUUGCUGGGCUAAUGAAAACUGUCACACACUUUGGACCUUGUUAUGAAAACUUAGUAAAGGAGUUUGUGGUGACUAUCCCUGAUGGAUAUGAUGAUAAGAUGAGUGUUGACUAUGGUAAAGUUUAUGUGAGAGGAAAUGUUAUAACAUUCUCCCCAACUGUGAUCAAUAAAUUUCUAGGAAGAAUAGAUGAACCUCAGGUUGAGCUGGGAGUUACUGAUGAUCAGGUGUGCAAAGAGAUCACGGCCAAGCAGGUUAGACAUUGGACAAACAAAGGGAAGUUAUCUGCUGGAACUCAUGUCCCAGACAUUGUUAUGACAUCCUCUCAGACACCUGGCCUUGCCACCUCCAAGAAGAGUGUCUUUGCUCAGCUGAAGGACACAUGUAAAGAGCUGGAGGACUCCAUCAGAUCUAACACUACUACAAAGAUUAAACUGGAGACAUUGAUGAAGGCUAUGAUGGAAGAGGAGAAUAAGGAAUCUGUAUAUAAUGGUGAUGCUAAUGAAGGAAAUGAUGAUGAGGAUUAUGCUGGUGAAGAUGAUGCUGAUAAAGAGAAAUAA